UAGUGCUAACUUACACUUCCUCAUUGCAUGGUUUAGCUAAGUGUUCACACCCCAUGGUUCACACUCCAGCGACGUUUUUGAUUAAAAUAACACGCAGCGGGUUUUGUUUUAUUUUUAUCCACGCAAAUGUCGAAGCCUCCUCCCAAGCCGGCCAAGCCAGGCCAAGUCAAGGUGUUCCGAGCACUGUUUACCUUCGACCCCAGAACGCCAGACGAGCUGUUCUUUGAAGAAGGAGAUUUCUUGUACAUCUCUGACACAAGUGACAGUAAUUGGUGGAAGGGGACAUGCCGAGGAAGGACAGGUCUAAUUCCAAGUAACUAUGUGGCUGAGCAGGCAGAGUCUAUUGACAAUCCAUUACACGAAGCAGCCAAGCGAGGCAAUCUGAGCUGGCUGAGGGAAUGUGUGGAAAACAAGGUUGGAAUCAACGGGCUGGAUAAGGCUGGAAACACUGCCCUCUACUGGGCAUGCCAUGGAGGACAUAAAGAUGUGGUGGAGGUGUUGCUAAGCCAGCCCAACGUGGAGCUCAACCAGCAGAAUAAACUUGGGGACACCGCUCUGCACGCUGCUGCCUGGAAGGGUUAUUCUGACAUUGUGGAAAUGUUGCUGAACAAGGAUCCAAGGACGGACAUUAAGAACAAUGAGGGUAAGCUGGCUCUGGAGAUGGCCACCAACGCAAUGUGUGCGUCACUUCUCAAAAGGAAGCAGGGAAGCAACAUCACCCGCACACACAGCAACGCUGAAGAGUAUUUGGACGAUGAGGACUCGGACUAAGCCAACCCUGUUGAAACAUCAUCACCGUCUUCCAUUGGGGUUUGCGCGAUCGUGGAGCGCAGAGAGUUUUAUUUCAGACCUAAAAUGGAUUUGCUGCUCUGUUUCCAACUGUAACUCCAUUUUAGUUCCAUUA